GGAUCAGCAGCCAGUACCACUGCAUGGCACUGGGGGGCGCUGUGGUCACAGUCAGGACAGAGGAGGAGCAGGUGUUUCUGUGGAAAAAGGCCCGGAGUCUGAGCCAGGGAGACUCGUACUGGCUCGGCCUGAGGAGCAGCGGAGGUGACGGAGGUUGGCAGUGGAGUGAUGGCUCCCCGGUGGAGCAGGGACCAGGGUUUUGGGAGCGUGAGCCCGAUAAAACGGACAGCAGUGAGCUGUGUGGUCGGCUCACCCCGGGAGACACCUACAGAAGGAGCUGGUUCACCUACAGAUGCUCCAACCUGCUGAGGAGAAUCUGUGAGAGGAGACAAGCCUCUCUGCAGUGAACCAGACGAAAAUAAUCACAAAAAAAAAGCACAGCAAAGCCAGAUUAGUGAAAAGCGAUUC